UCUAUCGGGCUACUUCCGUAAACAAGAUGUCGGUUCUCCUUACUUCAUUAAGUUCAAGACAUGACCUUAAUCCUGACAGGGACUUUAUACUGCAUGGUCGAGGCUCUUCCUACUGGGAGCGGAAGGAGUACUAUCCUAACUCAAGUUUAACUGGUACUACAGCUCAAUUAAGCCAGCAUUCAAUCUACAACCCAGACAACUAUAGGGUCAAGAAAAAGGUCUAUGCCAGGUCUAUGACUGAUCUGGCCAACAAUUUACAAGUACUUAGCCAUGAGGUGGACAACACUUUAAAAAAAGGUGUUCCCUAUGAUUAUGGUGAAAUAGACAAAGAAAUUGCAAAAGAAAUGCAAUACCAAAGACAGUUAAAAAAGGAGAUCACUGCUGCUGAUUUUAGAGAACCUUUCCCUGGUGAGACUUUGAGAACAGAACUUGAUGAAGAUGAGCUUUUAAGAAUGUAUGAAGAAAGAGUAAAACAGCUUGAGCUCACAGGGAAGCCAAAGUCGCCAAGAGAGUCCCAGUGGUUUGUUAAUCCAAACCACAUUGUAGGGAACACUUCCGAAGCACCAACUUUGCAAAGUGUUGGAAGAUCAUAUCGGUAUGGGAAAACUAAUGAAAAUGUCAUGUCGGAUAAAGACAAGAAAGCUAUGGACUUCUUUCCUGCUACAUUCAGCUCAGCAUAUGAAAUGUGUGCCCUCGAUUAUCCUGCCUGUGAAACCCUGAAUGCCUCUGCUCCGCCAUCCAUGCGAAUGUCAAGAUCCAAGUCGGCAUCAAAGCUCAAUAAAUCUUACACAUUUAGAACACCAGACAGAAGCUUCAGAGAUGAUCAGGACCUUGAUAAACUCUUUCUUCUCACAAAUGAAGCCCCAACCAUAGGAAAGUCUGGCGUGUACCUGACGUCACCACACCAACUGACCCUGGGCAAGCUGCGCUUGGAGAGACUGAGACUGGAGGAGGCUAAGCUGCUGGAGCUGAAGAGACAGGAUGAGUUGGAACGCAUCCGCGGACCCAGACCCAAAUGGUACAUGUCCAAGGGCCCAGACUUCCAUUACGAGGCUAAGAAGAACACGCAGCUGGUGCGUUCACUGUCUGAGUAUCAAGACAUGUUGGACUACAGGGAAGAUUUGCUUCGAUCAUCGUAUGAGAAUUUGAAGAAAUACACAAGGUCACCAAUAGCUGCACUUUGAGAAUACAUGAUUCAAGGAAGUUUCUGCACCUGAUGUAAUAGACAAUAGAUACGUAACUGUUUGACUGACAACCAGGAAGUUUUCACAGAAUCUGAGUGAAUGGGCAUUCCUUACAAUAUUGAUGCUAUUGUCAACAAUAUUGUGUUAGUCUUGUGCACAGACCAGUCUUGAUUAAUAUAGAUUAAGUGUCAUUUACUUGCUUUCAUCGAGUAUACGCAUAAUUUAUGUUUUUGAUUAUUUCUAAGCGAUUUUUGAAUAGCAAAUUGUGUAGGUUACCAUUUUUCCCCAAAAGGAUGUUGUUUCAAGUUUUAGCCUGACCUGGUAUAUUUUUUUAGGGGUUCGCACUUAACCAAAGAAAUAUAUUUAAUUCAUCCUUGUUGUAUAGAUGACCGCCUUUCCAACAAUGGUAACUUUUUGGCCUUAACAAUCAAACUCAGAUAAGUCAUAUCUAAGAGAUGCAUGAGGUACAUCUACGUUUUGGUAAAAUAUAACUUACAAAAGACUGAAUAUUUUUAUGGUUGGUUUGUAUUUUUUUAAGUUCUCAAUGAAAGAUACAGUGCUAUAUGAAAUAUGAAGUGCAUGUGAUGUAACCAGUUUGCAUUUCUCUCUGCGGUGUUCAGCAUCAAUUCACUGUAUUUGUGUUUAAAUAUAAUAGUGAUUAGAAAUGGUAGAAUUUUAGCAUCAGGGAUGAAAUAUAUAUAGUGCUUGAUCACACUGUUUUUAUAUAGAAUGAUGUAAUUGCUAGAUUUGCAUGUGUUUACAUAAUUAAACAGUAUUAUAUAUUGGAUCUGUUAGUUUGAGAUUAUUUAAAAAAAAUCUUUCUACAUAUUUAUUCUGUUGUAUUUUCCAAAAGGCUGUGAUAUAUAAUGUUUAUGUCUAAAUUGUAUUUAAUUCUAGUUUAAUCUUGAAAUUGCUCAAUAUAUAUAAUUAAGGUGUAAACAAAUAUUGUAUCUUAUUUAUUGAGUGAAACAAAUUACGUUAGCAUGCUGAUUUACCUGUAACUGCUUUCUGUGUAUAAUGCCAUUAUCCUAUGAAAGUUAAGUCCGAAACAGUAAUGGAUUAAUAAAAAAUGUUUAUUCUUGUGUAAAAAAUGCUUGUCUUUUAAACUGUUAGGCUAUGAGGGUUUCUUGCUUGCGAUUGUGUUACAAGUGUUUUUAUGGCUUUGGGUGUUUUGGGCAUUUUGAUUUUCGGGUCACACAUCUUGUUUUGAAAUAGAGUCUUAGAUACAAGAAAUAUUCAGGAAAAAUCAUUAUUAUUUAAAACAAUAUAUGCUAGCACGGACCUAUGGCAUCGGACCUAUAUGUCUGUGAUGCUAGAACCUGCAAUUGUCUAUGCAUAAUAUCUUAGGUAGGAUUUUUUACUUGAUAUUUAUUUAACAUUUAAUUUAUUUAUCUAUUUAUUUAUUUAUUUGUCGAAAAGGUAAAAUGAUAAAAUUCAAUAUAACAACGAUAAAGAUGAAGAAAUUCAAAUAUAUAGUUCUUGUGUUGUUUCUUAAUAAGACUGCUUUUUUAUCAGUCCAUCAUAUUGCAGAUUGAUAGCUAGAUUGUACUGCCAGUUCCUUGUUAUAUACAUUUUGUUAUAAUGAUAAUGUAGUAUUUUUGUUAACUUAAAUAAAUGUAGCUGUGAUUUUUAUUGGUUACAUAUAGUAGUUCACAUGAAACCACGUCUAACAAUAUUUAUUGUUGAUUUGUUACCAAUCAGAUUGUUACAAUUUACAUUUAGUCCAUGUAUGUAUCUGUUAAUGUAUCGUUGUACUAGUAAUCUAGUCUGUUUACCGAAAUAAAUUAA